CCUAAGAAACUAACUGGCUGUACGUGGCAAGUGGAGUAACAUUCCAGGUGUGUGAGGUGUGGUGGUGGAGGGCAGCAGCCUUCCAGUCAGUUGACAGCGGCCGUCCACCUCGCAGCUACCAUCAUGGCUCCUCUCUUGGGUUACUGGAAUAUCCGCGGUUUGGGUCAGUCCAUCCGCCUGUUAUUGGCCUACACAGGCACUGAGGUUGAAGAAAAGCGAUACAACACUGGACCUGCUCCGGAUUAUGUGGAAAAGUCUGAUUGGUUGCCCGUAAAGUUCACCCUAGGACUAGAUUUUCCCAACCUGCCUUACUAUAUGGACGGAGACUUAAAGAUCACUCAGAGCAACGCAAUCCUACGGUACAUAGGUCGCCAGCAUGACAUGUGCGGAGAGACGGAGCAAGAAAAGAUAUGGGUGGACAUUCUAGAGAAUCAUGCCAUGGACAUACGACAAUCGUAUGUUCAGCUCGUCUACAACACCUAUGAUACUAAAAGGGAAGAGUACUUAGAAAAUCUGAAAGGUACUCUGAAGAGGCUGUCCGACUUCCUGGGUGACAAAACAUGGUUUGCUGGAGAAAAGCUGACGUUCCCAGACUUCCUCCUGUACGAGCUUCUGGACAUCCACCUAGUAGUGGAUAACACUUGCCUUGAUCACACGGAGAACCUUCAAGCUUUCGUGAAGCGCUUUGAAGACUUGCCCUCCAUUAAGAAGUACAUGACUUCUCCUCAGUAUAUGAAGACUCCCCUGAACGGCGCUAAUGCUAAAUUUGCAAACAAAUAGUUAAAUUGUGGUAGUGUCCUGUUACAGUAAAUUCUUAAUCACUUCAGCUUAAAUUUUACAGAAUGUAAAUUAAAUAUUUAAACAUCAA